AUAUAGAGAUUGCUUUGCACCUUCCUUCUGAUGGAUUUGAUCUCUUCCUGCAGUGCUACCAUGACUCCUGUGGAUCUGGAUGGUGUGGUGGCAGACCUGGUCUCCAUUUCCUCAAACACCACUGGAAGCCUGUCCCCUGCAAUCCCAAUUGCAACAAGAACCCUCAUUGUGCUUGUUUGUCUUCUGGUGGUGGCGUGGAGUCACACAGAGAAAAAGGCUGUUCCAGGCCCAUCGUUUUGCUUGGGUUUGGGUCCCCUUUUGUCUUAUUUGAGAUUUAUCUGGACUGGCAUUGGCACAGCAAGCAACUACUACAACAAGAAGUAUGGAGACAUUGUCAGAGUGUGGAUCAAUGGAGAGGAGACCCUCAUACUCAGCAGAGCCUCAGCAGUUAAUCAUGUUUUGAAGAAUUCAAAUUACACAUCUCGCUUUGGAAGCAAACCAGGACUCAGCUGCCUCGGCAUGAACGAGAGAGGAAUCAUCUUUAACAACAACGUGGCUCUGUGGAAGAAAAUACGCACCUAUUUCGCCAAAGCUCUGACAGGUCCCAAUUUGCAGCAGACAGUGGAGGUUUGUGUCUCCUCUGCACAGUCCCACCUAGACAACCUGCACAGCUUGGCUCAUGUGGACGUCCUUAGUUUGCUGCGUUGCACUGUGGUUGACAUUUCCAACAGACUCUUCCUGGAUGUGCCUCUUAAUGAAAAAGAAUUGCUGCUGAAGAUUCAAAAGUAUUUUGACACAUGGCAGACGGUGCUGAUCAAACCUGACAUCUACUUCAAGUUUGGCUGGAUUCACCAAAGACACAAAGCCGCAGCCCAGGAGCUACAGGAUGCCAUUGAAAGCCUUGUAGAACAAAAAAGGAGACAAUUGGAGCAGGCAGAUAAGCUGGACAUCAACUUCACAGCAGACCUCAUAUUUGCACAAAGCCACGGUGAACUGUCGGCUGAGAACGUGAGGCAAUGUGUGCUGGAGAUGGUGAUCGCAGCACCAGACACCUUGUCCAUCAGCCUCUUCUUCAUGCUGCUGCUCCUCAAACAAAACCCCAAUGUAGAGCUGCAGCUGCUGCAGGAGAUAGACACUGUUUUAGGUGACAGACACCCUAAAAACAAAGAUCUUCAGAAACUACAGGUUCUGGAGAGUUUCAUCAAUGAGGGCCUUCGCUUCCACCCAGUGGUGGACUUCACCAUGAGACGAUCCCUUUCAGACGAUGUCAUAGAUGGCUACAAGGUCCCAAAGGGCACAAAUAUCAUCCUGAACACCGGCCGCAUGCACCGGACCGAGUUCUUCAACAAGGCUGACGAGUUUAGUCUUGAGAAUUUCCAAAAAAAUACUCCUCGCCGUUACUUCCAGCCAUUCGGCUCAGGACCUCGUGCCUGCGUUGGCAAGCACAUUGCCAUGGUGAUGAUGAAAUCCAUCCUGGCGACUCUGCUAUCUCAGUACUCCGUUUGCCCCCACGAGGGCCUGACCCUGGACUGCCUCCCACAGACUAACAACCUUUCCCAGCAGCCUGUGGAGCAUCACAAGGAGGCCGAGCAGCUCAGCAUGAGAUUCUUACCCAGACAGAGAGGAAGCUGGCAGACAUCUUAAAUGCACCAUUACUUUUUCAGAUAUGUUAUAUAAAUAUGCUCUGCAUCACUUCAUUUUCUUGUCUUAUGAUUGUAAAAAGCACUGAUGUUUCAUUCUAUGAGUCACAUUUUUUUUUUUUUUUCUUGUUAUAAACUGUGUGAAAUG